AUGUUCUCCCUGUCCAUGAUGGUGGGACUGGUUCCCAUUGUGUCCCUGUUUGGUUUGUUCUACUCUGCCUCUGUGGAUGAGAACUUCCCUCAGGGCUGCACCAGCAGCAACAGUCUGUGUUUCUACAGCCUGCUGCUGCCGGUCACCAUCCCCGUCUAUGUCUUCUUCCACCUCUGGAGCUGGAUGGGGAUCAAGCUCUUUAGGCACAACUAGGUUGUUCUCCCAGAAAGUUCCAAGUCAGAAAAAAAAAAAAUGUUCUGAUGUAACUUGGGUUUUUCAGGCCCUUCAUUACUUGCUUGAUGCGUAUUUUUAGCUCUGCUGACAUCUCUUCACACAAGGAUGCUGAACUGUGAAGAAUCUGCAAGAUGGCGCUCCUUUGCUUUAUU